AUGGCACAGAACAAUCAGCUUGCUAGCUCCGAGGAGAACACUCCACCGACGCCGGUUUAUUAUCAACCGUCCAUGACUCAAGCACUGCCACCACUAACUCCUGCAGGCGCACCCCCGGUACACUCGGGAGAAAUCCCGCCACCAGUCCCAACAUCGGAAGCCCAAGCACCGUCCACCUCUACAGAGGGUGCGGCCCGCAUCGUCGCACUGGAAGGCGAUAUCUCCACAUUAAGGGGCACGGUCAAUCAGAUGGCUGCCGACAUGGCCGAGCUCAUGGCCCUACUCAGAGCUCCAAACCGCACCUCCUCGAACUCUACUCCGCCUCCGGGGUACGGGCCAACAGUCGACCCAAACCCUUGGGUCCCGCCGACCCAUGCUCCGGAAGGUAUUGAAGCGCCUGCGAUACACGCACCGGCGGGCCUCCCAGCUAACGUCCCUCCGCCAUCGGUGACUCUCCCGGCAGCCAUUCCUCUUCCACCGUCGAACCCGACUACUCUAGUACCGCCGCCGAUGUCCAUACCGGUUCCGGCACCGGUUUACGCGGCUCCUCCGCCGAUGGUCUUCCCGGCACAGAGCCCCCACGCUCCUGCUCACACAGCCGAGCCUGUCCCAUUCCAAGCUCCACAACCCCACAUCAGCUUUUCUUACCCAACUCUACCUCCCCUAAACAUUCCCAUCCCUGAACCGGGCACGCCAACCCAGGCUGUCCCCAUAGCUCCACCGACAAACUUUCUCCCGGAAAUGGGGACUGAGCAGGAGCAGAGAUUGAAGAAGAUGGAAGAGAACAUCAAAGCCUUACAAUCAGGUGGUCCUCGCCUCGAUGCCGGCGAUUGCGAUUGGAGUCUUUUUCCGGGUAUGCGGCUACCCCCGAAGAUUAAGGUGCCUGAAUUCCAAAGGUACCAUGGCACUACCGACCCCCGUCACCAUCUCCGUCACUACAGGGGAAAGAUGCUGCAGUACUGGGACUACGAAGAGUUCGUCAUCCACACGUUCCAGGACAGUUUGGCGGGAGCGGCUCUUGAUUGGUACAUGUCACUGAAAGCCGCGGAUAUCCCUACAUGGACGGACCUUUCGGGCAAAUUCAUCGACCAGUACAAGUACUGUGCAGAAACGCCCCCGACCCUGUUGGAGCUCAGUACAAUGGAGAUGGCCGAGGAUCAGGGCUUCGAGGCCUACGCAGUAAAGUGGAGGGCUAGAGCGGCGAAACAUGUCCCCCCGAUCAGUGAGGCGCAGCAGAUCCAAUUAUUCCACUCUACCCUCAAAGGGGCCUACUACUUGCACCUGUUGGCUCACACGUCUUCGUUCUCCAACCUUAUCGACGCCGGGAAGAAGCUUGAUAUCGGCGUUAAGCUCGGCAAGAUAGAAGGACCGGCCGAGAAGAAAGAGGGAGAGUCCUCGAAGAAGGUUGCUACUGGGACACCCUCCGCGGGAAACAGGAGAGGAAAAGACGCGUCCGUCAAUGCUGUUAACUCAGGGCGCCAAGCCCCCCAACAGUAUUCCAUCAAUUACACGCCCGCACCACCGACCACUCAGGCGUAUGCCCCACCUCCGGUGCAUUAUCAGCAGCAACUCCCAGCGCAACAAGUAUAUUAUUCCCCCCGCCGGCCUCCUUUCCGUUGCCGGCCCCGCACAAUUACGUCCCUAUUCCCCCUCCGAUCCAACAAAGCAGGCCUCCGGCUUCGAGAACUCCUCAGCCGGUGCAACGGGCUCCGGCCCCGCAGGACCAACAAAGCACUGCGCCGCGGCGCAGACAAUUCACACCCCUUCCGGCCCCGCUCUCCCACAUAUACCGGCAACUCCUCGCAGGAUCAGAGUCGGCACUGCGAGUACCAUCAGGGCGCACCCGGUCACACCACCGACGAUUGUUGGAAGCUGCGGGAGAAGAUCCAAGCUAUGAUUGAUGGCAAACAACUCACGUUCAACGCCGUCAAACCUCCGAACGUGCAAGUUAAUCCUCUUCCCGAUCACGGGUCAAGCUCGGGACCCAGCAUUAACAUGAUCAGUGUUUGCGCCAUAGGGGAGUACGAGACCGGGCAGGAGCCAUCCGCCCCGUUCGUAAUCGAAUAUGUGCCUGCGGAAACCGGUAUAGGGUACGCGGGGUUUGAUGCCACGCCCGCCCCAUUCGUGAUAGAUGUCCCCGCACGAGAGCCAUAUCAAGAUAGCAAGGUUCCGUGGACCUACGAAGGGAGUGUCGGGAACCUCGAGCGUCAAUUCAGCGUCAUGGGCGUGACGCGCUCGGGACGAGUGUAUGAAAACCCGGAGGUCGCGAACAAAGGAAAGGCGCCUGCUGCGACAUUAGGAAUCGCCCCGGAAGCUACGCCGAUCCCACAAAAGAAGGUGACCGAAGAGGAAGCCGAGGCUUUUAUGAAGAUCAUCAAGGCAAGCGAGUAUAAGGUUGUUGAACAAAUGGGCAAGUCUCCGGCCCACAUUUCACUACUCGCCCUUCUCUUAAGUUCGGAGCCACAUCGUGAAGCGCUCCUGAAGGUCCUGACGGCGGCACAGGUCCCCAAGGGACGGCUCCAGAUCUCAUUGAAGAAACCGUUGGUUCGAUAUUCUCCAACAAUAUUUCAUUCUCGGAUGACGAGCUUCCCUCCGAAGGGCCGGGUCAUGAUCGACAAUGGUUCGGCUCUCAAUGUAUGCCCUGUUUCCACCCUGAAGCAGAUGAAUGUGGAUCUGAAUCGUAUUCGUCCAAGCAAGACAGCGGUUCGAGCCUUCGAUGGCUCGCGGAGAGAGGUGAACGGAGAGAUCGACCUUCUGAUCGAGGUAGGUCCAUGUUCAUUCAAUGUCACUUUUCAGGUGCUCGACAUCCCCAAUGCCUUCAGCUUGCUGCUCGGGAGGCCAUGGAUCCAUUUUGCGGGCGCAGUCCCCUCCACCUUGCACCAAAAGCUUAAGUUCAUCGUGGAAGAGCGACUCAUCACGGUCAAAGGUGAGGAGGACUAUGCGAUUUAUAAGGAGACGGCUGUCCCCUAUAUCACACGUGGGCAAGGGAUCAACCGCCCAAUCGAGAUCGAAGAGUACAAGAACAGGAGGGGACUCGGUUUUCGCCCUUCCUGCCACGAGAUUAUUGAAGCCCGUAGAGGCAAGCGCCUCCACCGUCUCGCAGCGUACUACGGGAAGAUCAACAGGGGCACCCCAGUUCCGCCACUCUCCCACUUCUUUUCAGGAUCACAGCACAUCGUCGGAGGUACUCUUGACGGCCCCUCCUCGGAUUUAGACGACGCGCUUGUCGAUCUGCCAGGCAUAUACGCCGUCACCGAGGAGACUCCUUCAGGGGUCUACAUCCGCCUCGCGCAGGAGAAUGAGGAGCUCAACAACUGGACCUCAAGAACUUCCCGCCCAAACGGCAACACCUACGGCGGCAGCGAGCCGGCCUUCUCCUCCGCAUCAAGGAGGAGGUCGUCAAGCAGAUAA